CAAAGAUGGCGGCUGUUUAAGAAUAAACGUAUGCAAGAAAAGAAAUUAACAACGCUUUGUUUCUGCGAAUAUUCUGGUAAUGCCUGUUCAAAAUGUUUUGCGAACCAACCGCUGUGUGGUAAAUUAUGCUUUAGAUGAUUCUAAGGUUUUUGUAAGGAAUAACUUGAGGUGAAAUUGCGGCGUUUACAACCGACUGCAGUUACGUUAGCGCUCGCUCGGAUCGGAGGUCGUCGGCGGGUGGGUGCGUGUGCACAGCGGAAUAGGAGUUGUGAACGACGUACGUACGUGUGUGAACGACGCUGCUGAAGGUUCAACAUCCUCGGCAGGCCGUCGAUUCGCUUUUUUUAAAAGCUGGCUCCACAAGGCAGACUCAUUUCACAUCAUUGCUUUCCUCGGGCUUCGUUUUUAUCCACAUGAGCCAGCUCCGACACCCUAAAAUUUGAUGACGGCAGGACAUGCUGGAUAGUGACCGGCGAAGUUGAUUGGAAAACCGGAGGAAGUUGAACUUCAAGAACAACAUUCUAAUUCCGUUACAAAAAUGCAACAUAAAAUGAAGUGACUUCAACAGCCGUCCAGUCCCAGACGGCAGAUAUGUCAGGUACGGUCUGUCUAAUGACAGGAUAUUGCAACACAGAACAGGCUCUAACAGAAAAACCAAGAGAUUGUCCCCUUUUUUUGAGGUUCAGCAACUGAAGAUAGAUUUCUGAUUCCAAAAUAGUGUGAAGGACUGAAGAAAAGGGAUGCCUGUCUGAUGACAUCACAGGCCGAAAGAAGAAAUUUCCAAGAUUUAAAGGUGAACCAGAGUAUACAUUAGAUGAAGGUACAAUGCGACGAGGCCGAGGCAGACCCCGUAAAGACGGAUUAUCACCAGUUCCACGUAGAAGAAGGCAACUUUGUGAAGAUGAUGAUGACAGCAGCAGUGUCACCUCUUCCCCGGCCCCUGAAUCUAUCCCGGUCCUGCACCUGAAGGCUGCCGAGGGAGGCCUGGGAGAGUUUGACGGCCAGACCGGCCCUGGCAGCUCCCUGGAGGAGGCCCUGUCUGAGCCCCGACUGGAACCGGAGGUGGACUCCACUGGCCAGGAGAAAAUGAUCACCGACUUGGAGGUGGGAUCUAACCAGUCAGAGGCUGAACCCCACGCGCAAGCUGGACAAGGGAUGGUGUGCGCCCUCUGUUGUUGCGGAGAGAAGAGCCUGCUAGGCCAGGGGGACCUCCUGCGGUUCGACCCCACCCCCGGAUUCAACCCUUUCAAGAAGGUGAUCCCGCGACAACGGAGGACGGCAGAGGACGAUGCCCCGUACAACCCCAACGAGAGGAGCCCCAAACACCUGACCUGGCGCAGGGCCAGGGGCCCUUCCAAAGUGCAAAAAGAGAAGAGCAAAUCGCCUCGGAGGAUUCCCCCAGACAGCCUGGAAUCCGGCAGCCCCGGAAUAGAUGAACUGAGCAUGGUCGGCCACCCAGAAGAGCCGGACAUGCACUCUAUCUUUGAACAGACAGGACAUACCACUGCACAUCAUUGUUGCGCUGCUUGGUCAGAGGGUGUUUGCCAGAAUGAAAACUUCCAGCUUCUCAAUGUUGACAAGGCGGUCUUCUCUGGAGCCACUCAGCGCUGUUCCUACUGUCGUCGGUUCGGUGCCACUAUCUUCUGCAUGGAGCUGGGCUGCAAGCGGAUCUACCACUAUCCAUGUGCUGCCAGCAGUGGCUCCUUCCAGGGCAUCAAAUCACUAGCCCUGCUCUGUCCUGAUCAUCUGGACCUUUGUGAAGAAAAAGUGGAUGAAGAGGAGCUGGAGUGUGUCAUCUGCGAGGCCCCGGGCAACCUCCAAGACCAGCUCUUCUGCACCAGCUGCGGCCAGCACUAUCACAGCACGUGCCUGGACCCGCCCGUUGUUGUUACGCCCGGGGUCCGCGCUGGCUGGCAGUGUCCGAACUGCAAAAUCUGCCAGACGUGCAGACAACCAGGUGACGACAACAAGAUGUUGGUGUGUGAUACGUGUGAUAAGGGGUACCAUACCUUCUGCUUGCGCCCUGCUAUGACCACAAUUCCCAAGCACGGCUGGAAAUGCAAGAACUGCCGUGUUUGUGGGGACUGCGGCGCUCGCACCCCCGGCAGUGGGCCCAGCUCCCGCUGGCACCACAACUACACGGUGUGUGACUCGUGCUACCAGCAGCGCAACAAGGGCUACUUUUGUCCGAUCUGCGGCAAGGCAUACCGACACCACACGACCCACAAGGUCAUGGUGCAGUGCGACGUCUGCAAAAGAUACAUCCAUGCUGACUGCGAUAACAGCGACGUGGUGACCAACUACCAGCAGAUGAGGGCUGCAGGACAGCGCUGUACCUACGAGUGUCGGGACUGCAGGCACAGACAGACAAACCUGGAGAUUGGCACAAGGUUUUCUGAAACGAGAUCCAGCUCCACCACAAUAUACAGUGACUCCAGCUGCACAGACACGGGCGACAAAGAAGCCGGCUAUGUGCCCAGGAAGAGCCCUGCUGCCUCGCGGUCCUCGCCGCGGAAUGUCGGCCUGACUGAAGACUCUCUUGCCCAGUCGCACGAGUUGGUAGCCAGCAUGUCCACAUACAACGAGGACAGUCUGAGCAGUAUGGACACUGACUAUGCUGGAGGAGACGAGCCCAGGAGAGUCAUAGAGCGGCCUGCCUCCUCAUCCACAAGCCACGCCCAUUGGCCCCACGCCGGAGGUGGUAAACCGUUGGAUAAACUCAGCCAGUUGGGACCAUUUGGUAGGAAAAAGUUUGGAGUUGGAAGACCGCGGGGGAGAGGUGGUUUUGUCGGCAGAAAGAGAGGUCGACACCAUCACUCGGGUGCCAAACGAGGCCCCAAACCCAAGAACAAACUCAGUGCAUUGCUGCCAACAGCCUCUCAGAGCAACCUCUCUUUCACGGUGGACAACAGUGCAGAGAAGAAGAGCAGCAAGGAUGAGGAGGAAGACACGACAAUGCACACCACGGUGGUCCUCUUCUCGGCCAGUGACAAGUUUACCAGUACACAGGACAUGUGUGUGAGCUGUGGCAGUUUCGGUCAGGGUCCCGAGGGAAGGCUACUGACCUGCUCACAGUGCGGCCAGUGCUACCAUCCCUACUGCGUGAACAUCAAGAUCACCAAGGUGGUGCUGUCCAAGGGAUGGCGCUGCCUGGACUGCACCGUCUGCGAGGGCUGUGGCAAGGCCAGUGACGAGGCGCGGCUCCUGCUGUGCGACGACUGCGACAUCAGCUACCACACCUACUGCCUGGAUCCGCCCCUACUCAACGUGCCCAAGGGAGGCUGGAAGUGUAAAUGGUGUGUCUGUUGCCUGCAGUGUGGGGCCUCCUCUCCUGGCACUCAGUGCGAGUGGAUGAACAACUACACGCAGUGCGGCCCCUGUGCCAGCCUCAACCAGUGCCCCGUCUGCCUGCUGUUGUACACCGACGGCGACCUCAUCUGCCACUGCUCGCACUGUGACAGAUGGUUACACGGGGAGUGUGAUGGCCUGACCACGGAGGACGAGGUGGAAAAGACGGUGGACAAGGGCUACGUCUGUCUGCUGUGCCGUCCCCACACCAAGCCCGCGGAGCCCAGCCCUGUCACCGAGAACAUCCAGCCGGUUAUCCCCGUCACCAAGCCAACUGAAAUCGAGUCUGCCCCUACGCAGUUUUCGUUUGAAGGCGUGUCCCUAACCGAGUCGGGAUACCGACAUUUUACUAGUCUCUCCUCCAAGAAGUCACGCAGCCGGCGUCCCUCGCUUAAAGCCGGUAGCCUGGCCAUUCUUAAGAGCCUGGCCGAUCCCAACUCAGAGAUUUCGGUCUUAGCCGAGGAGUACGGUGGUCGCAACAUUCACAAAGAGUUGAAAGACAAGUACAAGGACCGAGAGAGGUCAGACGGCAAAGAGGGGAAGCAUCACCACCACCACCAUCAUCACCACGAUAAAGAGAAGAAGAAAAAGCACAAGGGUAUUUACAAGCCAGGGGUGGGAGGAUUCACCGUGCGACCGGUCAAGUUUGGCUCGUCAAGUCGGGGGGCUUACAGUCGCAGCCUGUCGGAGGGCGCUAUUGAGAAGCACCACCAGCCUGACAUGUCUGAACCCAGCACUGACGGGGAACGAAGUGGUUUCAUUAGCACCUCAGACCUCCACGGCAUUGAAAAGAAGAAGAGACGAAGGAAGAAGAAGCCUAACUUACAGAACAGCUUCCCCUCAUAUCUUCAGGAGGCCUUUUUUGGCAAGAGCUUGCUGGACUCCAGCAAGAGCAAAGAGGGGCUGGAGAUCUCGGAUGAGGAGAGCCGACCGCCAGUCAGCAAGGAGCCCGAGAAGCCAAACUCCCACAGCAAGGCCUCACCCACCAAGACGGCCCGCCGGGCCUCCGAAGCUACACCGCAGACCGGCCAGCCCAGCCAGCAGAAUGCCUCAGGCACUGGUGCCGUGUCCCAACCGCAUGUUGAUGGAGGCGACCUUGGAACGGGAGACGACCCGCUCAACUUCCUACCCCAGGAAGAGUUGCUGGGCAUCAUCCUCGGAGACGGACUUGGGAAAAACGGAGAAAGUCUCGAUAUAGACUCCAUUGAAGAACCUGCCCAGCCGUCUGGGGACCACAGCGAAGGCGCACAGCCCUCCAGCAGCAAUGCAGAGCUGGAUUCCAUUCUCAAUUACAACUUGGGCCACAUGGUCCCGGAUGAUCUUGCCCACAUUGACAGCAAAGAGGUGGAGGACCUGUUCUCUGGCGUGCUGAGUCCCACCGAGCACGGCACGACAAUGGCCACACAGUCAGCCAUGACGGCAUCCAUGGCCGGUUCAGAUGGGGUCAUGGGUCCUCCAUCGGGUCAUCUCAUGCCCCACCAAGCCAGGCGGGUACCAACUAGCCUGCCGGUGCCCCUGCUUCCAUCGCAGAGCACCACACAGCCCGGUAUAUCGAGUCCACCGUUCAGCCCCGACUUUGCGGAGCCUCCCAGCCCUUGGCAGGGUGGGGCCGGAGGGGAUGGAGAGGGGGAGACCCUGUCCUAUAACCAGCGCAACAUCAAGAAGUGGGAGAAGGACGAGCCUCUUGGACCCCUGGCUACCAUUUCCCCGGUGCUCUACGCCAACCUUAACUUCCCGGAUCUCAAGAAGGAGUACCCAGACUGGCCAUCGCGAGCGAAGCAGAUCGCCAAACUCUGGCGGCGGGUGUCAGCCACAGACAGGCAGCCGUACUUGCAAAGAGCCAGAGAGAACCGGGCCACCCAACGACUCAAGGAUGCGCAGAAGCUGAGCGAGGGCAUCCAGAGGAAGCGUGCCGAAGCUGCUCUGCAGGCGGGUCAAAGUUCAGACACGGCCACUGUGGGGCCCCUGGAGGGCCACAGUCCUCACCCUGCAGGGGCCAAGGAGGUCAUGGAGGCCGGCCAGCAGGCCAUGUCAAUCAGCUCCCCGAAAGGUAUGGCCCAGCCUGGCCCCAUGGCCAGUGUGGAUGUACGAGGCCCAUCUACCCCAAGCCAUAACCAAUCGGCCCACAGCAACCUGCAUCUUCAGAUGCCCUCCCCGAUGAGUGCAGCAAACUCCAUUGGACCCACGACUCCAAUCGCACCGGGCACCCCUCUUGCCCCCAGCACCCCACUGGGUCCGAGCACGCCGCUGGGUCCCAGCACCCCUCUGGGGCCCAGCACGCCUUUGGGACCCACCACCCCACUGGGUCAUGCACAGAACAUGGAACCGUCCAUGGGACCGGGCACGCCCAUUGGACCCACCACUCCCAUCGGACUGACCGGACCACCGACUCCUGCUGGUCCCACCACACCUCUGGGGAUGCCAAAGCCCAUGGGACAGGCAACACCCAUCGGCCCAGCAAGUGAUAGCAGUCUGACGGGAAGCCAGGAUGGCCGCUUCAGUGUUCCCCAUUCUCCGCAGAGUGGGGUUCCGUCGAACAUACCCCAGCAGCAACGACCACAGCUGAACAAGACCAGCCCUAUUUCUCCCAUGAUCCACAGUCCCAACCCACUUGGAGGGCCCAUGACAUCGGCCACAGGAGGACACAGUGAUACCAUGGGAGUAAACCAGGGACCUGCUUUCAGCAUGGCCAUGAGUGUCAGACCAGGCACCCCUGGGGAUCACAGCAUGCAGAGGGGGAACUUCCCCAUGCAACCGACGCAGCCAUUUUUCCCCUCAGGAGGAGCCCAGUUCCGUCACAGCAGCCCUGGUGGAUCGACACAGAUCCUCACUGGAAGCAUGCCUGACCAGAACCGAGCUUCGGAUGGCGAGAAGAUGACUCACCGCCAGCAUCUCAGAGAGCUGCUGUUCAAAAAGCGCAGAGAGGCCCAACUACAGCAACAGCAGUGGUUUGGUGACGACUCUCAAAGACCUCCACCACCUUACCCAGGGGGCAGCCAGUUCAGCGUCGGACCCAACACCGGUGACCAGCAACAGUCUGCGCCAGAGAGUAACACCCACAGUGGCUUCUCCAGUCCAAGGGCUUCCAUUCCCGGCAAUAACAGAAUGAGCAUGGAGGAAGCUGCAAGACCAAGAUUUCCCUUUGGAUCCUCUCAGGGUUCCACUGAUGGACUCCCCAAUCCUGGAGAAUUUAUACCCUCACCAUCUUGGAGAGGUCCAACCCCGGCUCCCUCCCCAUCCUCAGGCCCAAGAAUGGAACGGCCAGCUGGACAGUUUAUUGAGCUCAAGCAUCAUGAGUCAGGGGGUAUGAUGAGAGGUAACAGGACACGUGCGAUGAGCAUCGCUCUCCUGCAAGAGAAACUCCAUCAACGCAGUGCUAUGCAACAACAGCAGCAACAGCAGCAACAACAGCAGCAACAGCAGCAGCAACAACAGAGACCCUUUCCACAAAACAUGAGCGGUCACCCCAACCCGCUGGACCCUUACGAUCACCUGGUACGAAUGUCACAGUCAGGACAGCCUGUCAGGCACAUCAACCCAAGUCAGGUCAGCCCAGUUGCAGUGGGCCCUGAUGGAACCGUGCCGGUGCCUUCCAGCAUGGGUCUUCAGUCACCAGGUCACUUCCCAGCAGAGCACCAGCCGCAGGUGCCCUUCUCCGACAUGGGAGGGCGUAGCUUGUCCCAUCCAGGGCCACAGCAGCCGCAUACAAGUCAGCCGAAUUUUCAAGAGAUUCAGAACACAGCCGGCUUCCAUCCAGUCCCUGUCCCAGGGGGUCCUGGCUACCAAGGUCCACCGCAGCAGGGAAUGACAGAGCCACAGCGGGAGGAACAUGACCAGCAGCUGGAAGAUCUCUUCAACGGAGACUUUAACAUUCUAGAGUAUGCAGACCCUGAUCUGGACACAAACAAACACUCUGCCGAGAACCAGCAACUGUUCAAAGAUCUGGGCCUGUAUGACCACCAGGAGAGCAAACAGUCUUCUGAGGACAAAGCAAGUGGCUCCGGUUCCUCAGUAACAAGACAGCAGGUUUCGCAGGCCAGCAAAUCAGAGAGCAAAAGUGAUGAGCCACCAAAGGAAACCCCUGGCCUUGAAAGAAGUCUCCCUUCAAGUGAAAGUACAACUCAAUCUGUUACCAGAGCCAGCACCACUGACAAGCAGGACAAGCCACCAGUUACCACAGAAGACUCCCAGCAAAAAGGCGAUUCAACAGCAUCACUCAGUGAGAUUUCCCAAGGAAAACCAGUUCAGGGUGAAGUAACCCUGACAACCAUUGUCCCUCUUGUCUCUGCAGACAUUCAGCAGUCCGAAAGUGGCAGUGCUCCACAUCAACAGGCUCCAGUCCCCUCUGCGAGUGCUGACUUAGAUAGCAACAUCCAGAAAUCACCUGCUGACAGACCUGUGCAGAGUGACGUUCAGAAAGCAGAUAGUAAACCUGAAGUCAUAGCUGCCCCUGGAUCAGCCAAAGAUAAAGCUUCAGAAAAAGCUGCAAAAGACACCACCUCAGCUGCAGAGUCUGGAUGUGCUGUUCAAAUCAAGACAGAGCCGGGCCUAGAAGCAUCUAAGAAAGGAGAGCAUUGUGUGGAGAAAGCAGAUGGUACAAGCGUGGAAUCUACAAAAGAGGUUCAAGGACAAAACAAGGACAAGCCAGAUGCUAGUACUCAAGUUUCUGGUGAGGAUCCGGAUCACAAGGACAGUAAAGAAGGUGAUCCUAAUAAACGCACUACUCCUAAAGAUGCGACCUGUGGAGCAGAGUUACUGAAGCCAGAAGCCCUCUCAAAUAACACCACAUCACCUAGACCUGCGACCAGUGCUGCUGACACAAGUGCUGAGCCAAGCCAACCUGCCAAAGCCCACAACUCACCUAUCACCUCAAUUGAAAUUGGCAGUGCACAAAAGGUGUCAGAUAGUCCAGCUACCUCUACCAGUGUGACACCAAACCCCGGGGUCAGCCGGUCACCCGCAAGCCAGGCCCCUAGUAGUGCUACCCCCUCAUCUCAAAUGCUAUCAGCGCCACCCCACUUGACAGAGCCUGUAAACAGACAUGCUGCAUCUCAGCCGACUGGUCUCAGUCCCACAUCAACUCAAACCACUGUGGUGCCAAGCAGUGGACAGUUGGUCUCCAGCUCGCCGUCGGUGGGCCAAGCACCACACCAGCCAGAUCCCACGCUGUCAGUGUCUGCAGCUACAGUGCCGUCUACCUCUGCCCCUAAUGUGCCAGCAGCAUCGGGAGGGUUCGAGGAACCUGCGGGAGCCGGUAGCCAGGAGGCAGCCAAGAGGAGGCCGUUGCUUCUUCAGGACCAGCCUCUCCUCCUUCAGGAUCUUCUUGAGAAGGAGAAAAUGGAGUUGAAACAGCAGGGUCCAACUUCCACUGCCCCAACAACCCCCGUGCCGACGUCCAUGGAUGGGACGGCUUUGCCUAGCAACAGACCAGCGAGUGGCCUAGCUUUGAUUCAUGGUCCAACUGCAGGACCAGCCCCAGAGGGAAAAGCAGUCAAACUUCCUACACCCACAGACCCAUUUUUGGGUGACUUGGAGAAAAUUCAGGAGGAGGCCAAGAUGUAUGCCAAAGAAAUUGAAGAUUUUGCCAACAAGCCGCCUGGGCCUCAUGCCCAGUUGCUGCUAGCCAUGAACCGUCAACACCAAGAACAACUGCAGCUCCAGCAACGACAGCAGCAGGCACAGCAGCAGGCACAGCAGCAAGCUCAGCAGCAAGCUCAGCAGCAGCAGGUUCUGGCUGAAGGGCCUGCCCAACAGCAAGGAACCAGGAGACCCCCGGAUUUUGGCAGCAUCGACCCCUUCCGUGGGCCAAUGCGCCGUUCCCUUAGUAUGGGCGAUGCCCAGCGGCCACCCACCUCAGGGAUGCCUCACAUAGGUGAUGGAUUAAUUCCCCAUCCCCAAGGAUUUGGAGGGGUCCCUCAGCGGUACAACAGCAUGCAUGCUGCCCAGUCCCCCUCCCCUGGAGUGCAGAGUCCUGUCGGAAUCAGACCUCCUCUCAUGAGCCCAGACAUGGGUUCCAUUACCAGCACUCAGAUGGGAAACUCUGGCAACCAGAUGUUCAGCAUAGCUCCACGGGGGCACAUUCCGAGUCCAAGUCUGUCGCCCAACCUCACAGGGCUCGGUCCACGUGGUCUGGCCCCCAGCCCGGGCGUCAGCAUACCAAUGCACAUGACAAGUCCGAGUUCUCGGAUGCCCUCACCGUUGGCCAGCCCAGUGCCUCGCGUGCCUGGCCCCGUGGUUAGUCCUGGACCCAGGAUGCCAGGACCAAUCAUGAGCCCUGGCAACAGGAUGCAAGGUCAGAUGCCUGGGCCUGUGGGAAUGAGGAUGCCCGUCCGAAUGUCGGGAAUGCAGUCGCCAGUGUUCGGAAUGCCCCAGGUCCAUGGCAUGCCAAUGCAGCAGGGCCAUGAGCAACCCAUGCCUGGGUUUGAUCCUUGGGAGUAUCAUGAGGAAACGCCACCAGAUUCGCACAAUGUCCCCGAGUAUGAAGAGUGGAUGAUGCGACGGGAGCAGUACCUCCAGAUUCGGCUCAAGUUCUUUGAGGCAGAAGUCAGUAAAGAGCGCAAGAAGAAGAAGGCUCUCUCUGCCCGUCAGAGGUCCUGCAAAAAGAGCAAUAAGAUCUUUCCAGAGAACGAUCAGAGGGAACUGGAUGGUGUGAUUCAGCGCCACACCACCGUGCAGAAAAAGCUAGAGUCCAUCCGGAAACAGCACCGGCAGCACUCCAUCCUCAUGCAAGAGCACCACAUGAAACAGCAGCAGGAACACAUGUCUUCUAGUCAGCAGUCGGCCAUGGGUCGCCAGAACCCCAUGAUGCAAGGUGGGCGGCAGCCCCCGAUGAUGGGCCCCGGCAGUCACAUGCUAGGCCAGGGGGCCCCCAUGAUGAACCCGGGUGGUCACAUGAUGGGACCUGCUGGGCCAAUGAUGGGGGCAGGAGGCUCCAUGAUGGGGCAGGGUAGUCAUGGAAACCGAGCAAACACACCAAUGGGCAACCACCCUGGUCCCAUGAUUGGGCGUCCAGGCACCCAAAUGAUCCAGGCAGGUUUACGCAGCCCCAUGCCUCACGCUGGGCCCAUGAUGCCUGGUGGCCAGCAGCCCAUGAUGGGGGACUCAUUCAUGCAAGACGCUGGUGCCAUACAACAAGGAGUACCCCGACCGCCAGGCAUGGAGGGAGUGCCCCAAGGGAUGUUUCCAGGGAAUGGGAUGCAAGGUAGUCAGGUUCCCCUAGCAUCCCCUAGCCAGCCUGCAGCCAUGAUGCCUGGUCAGCCCUCCCCGAUGGGAAUGACCCAAGUGCUGCCUAUGAUGCAGCCCCAGCAGACGCCCAUGGUGCCCGGCCAGUCCUCACCCAUGAUACCCAGCCAGUCCUCCCCCAUGUUGUCCAGCCAGUCGUCACCCAUGAUACCCGGCCAGUCGUCGCCCAUGCUACAGAGCCAGCCAUCUACCAUGACACCCAGCCACUCUGCUGCACUGCUGCCCGGACAGCCCUCGCCUAUCGUGACCAGCCAGUCACCCAGCGUGAUGACUUCCCAGCCAUCUCCCAUGAUCAGCAGCCAGCCGGGUGCCAUGAUGCCGCCGGGAAGCCAGCCCACCCCUGCGCAGUCUCCCAUGGUGAAGGCCAGCCAGUCGGCGCCAUUCCCAGUGGCCAACCAGGGUGUGAGCACUCCGAGUGGUCCUAAGUCCCCCAUGUCAAUGCCGCCGCCCCCUGCCAAGGUGCCGCCUGGAUCUGGCUUGCAGGGACUGGUGGAACAGGGCUCUAUGAUGUCACCAUUACAGAUCAACCUGGGACAGGAUAACAAUCCCUUUUCCGACGGCUUUAUACAGCGAGAAAGGAUGGAGAGGCUGCGGGCACAGCAUGAGCGGCAACACAAGCAGUUGGCGCAGGAAGUAGAGCAGGUCAGGGCCAUGCAGCGCCUGGAGCAGGAACAACGCAUGGCCUUGGAACAGCUACCAUUCUUGAACCAGGAAGAGGGCGGGCCGUUCCAGAUCAACCAGCAGGGACAGCCAGCUAGCGCAGGGGUGCCAGCUCUGCAGGAACCCAUCCCUUCACCGAGUGGUAACCAGCCCUCAUUUCAUCCCCAGCAGUCUCCCAUCCUGCCUCCAUUUGGUCCUGAGGGCAUGCAGGGUGCUGUGUCCCACCAGAUGCCCCCACCGGAUGGAUUUCCAAUGCCCCCAAGCUACCCCAUGUCUCAAGACGGUAAGUCUGCCGACAAGCCUAAGCGCAAGCGUUCUCGGCGCAAGAAGACUGAAGAGAUGAUGCCACCGGCCACUCCUUUGCAAGUCCCAAGCAAUUUGGAGCAGAUGCAAAACAAUAUGUCUUCCAUACAACCUGGCAUGGGCCCUGCUAAUCAGGUGAACAAUGAAACACCUGCCGAGCAGCUGCAGAAGGAUGUGCUGCAGAAACUACAGGCAGAGCUGUUGCGACGUAGCUCAGUCGAGGGAGAGAAUAAGUCCCUGGACCAAGACGACAAAGGUGAUGGUGACCAGAGUACGGAGGUGCUGGCGGGAAAGAUCAAUCAGAACCUUUUGCUCAAGCAACUGUUGCAAGGCCCAUCCAUUUGUAGUAUAGGUCCCAAGUCGGCAGCUAAAACACCCACUGAAGAGGGUACGCCCACACCUGUUCAACUCGAGGGAGAUCAGAGUACUGCUCCAUCUCAGAAAAACAGAACUCUGAAUGCAGACGAUGAUGAUACAUCAAUACCAGAGCUGACCCCAGAGCAGCAGAAGCAGCUGGAGAUGGUGGAGAAGCUGCCAUAUGUCAAGAAAGAUGGCAAGCCGGCCGAGAAUGACCACGAGAUACUCCUGAAGAUGCACCGGCAGGCCACUGAGGAGAAGAAGAAGGACUUUGAGGAGAGCCAGAAGCAGCGCCGGAAGGAGCUGCUGCUGAAGCGACAGCAGAGGGCCCUGGAGAAGGCACUAGAGAAGGCCAGUGGGGGAGGGAAGCGGCGUAGGAAAUCCAAGGACUCCGAUGGCGACAUGUUCACCAGCACGGAGGAGCUCUUGAAUGCCAUCAAGCAAAUGCCCAUGCUGAACCUGAUUGAGCCGGAUGUCAAUGUUAACUAUGGCCUCUGCCCUGUGUUUGGCAGCGCCCUGCCAAACGGAACAAAGCUACUGAAGGGGAGCUUUGGCCAUGCCGUCAUAGAUGGUGUAGCCGAUUUUUAUGCCAACUUCCCCAAUGGAGCUCUGGAUGUCAAUCCGCCCACACCUCCAUCAUCCCUACCUCCAUCACCGCCCAUCAAGCUACCUGGGGGGCUGUUGAAUGGACCCAGCCAAUCAGCUGAUGCCCGGAAAGGAUUGCUAGAAAAACAGAAGACCCAAGGAAGGCCAGGCGUCGGAAUAAUGACAGGGGAUGAUAUCAUGCAAGAGAUUAACUCCCACCAGCGAACCAUCACCCGCGCGAUGAACCAUGCCUACUCCCUGGACCUGCCUCCAUCACUACCAACUCCUCCUCCCUCGGGCGUUGCCGGGCGGGACCACUUGGGCACGCCAGAGGGUGUUGUACCCUCAUCAUCGCCGGAGUGCGACGAGGAGGGUGGGUCCUACCGGCUGCGGGGGCUGAAGCUCAUUACGGAAUCGGCCAUCGCCAUGUGCAUGGAGAGGUCGUCCUCGCCCACAUUUCCCAUCGUUAGGCCCAUACCGAGAAAAGCCAAGGCGAUGAUCAACUCAGAAAACAGCCGGGGCCUCCUGUCCCCACCGGCUGGCACAGUGGCCGUGACGCUGACCAUGACCGACUCGGCCGCCGAGAAUGUUAAGGGUGUGGUUAAGUCGCUGUGUGGUUUGCUGUGUGUGGCCGAACCCACAUCGUACCAGGUUGGGGGUGGGGAAGUGAGGAAAGAACUGGCUACCUCGGGCAGGAAGAGGGAAGCCAGGCCCUCAACAGACUCCAGUGUCUCUGAUCGCUCCCAGAGCACCGUCAACAGCACGGUGGACAGCCAGCAGCAGCAGCUGGCGCUCAGUGGCAAGCAGCAGCGGUUCUGCAAGCACUGCGACGUGGUUAUCUUGGGGGAGGGCGUGCUGAAGUAUACGGGUGACCCGGCCAACCCCAAGGUCAUCUUCUGCAGCAGCGACUGCUACAUGCAGUUCAGCAUCUCCCAGCGGUCCCAGGGGCCGGCACUGGCCCACCAGGAGCCCGCGGCUGGGGCGGUGGUUAACCACCUGAGCUCGGAGCCCACUAGCCCCGUCCUUAAGACCCCAACCUCCUCCUCUGCCACCUCUGCUGCUUCCUCGUCCACCUCUGCUGUGGCCAUCUCUCUGCCAGCCAUCAUGCCCCUGGGGGCUGUGUCUACCUCGGUUGCUGGCGAGGCUCUCAGCAAGGUGACCCUCACUACGUCCGCUACCUCUGUAACUUCCGUCACGCAGCCCGUGGCUGCGCAGCUUCCUCCGACGAUCAGCAUCCCAUCAGAGGUCAAAGGUGACAUGGAGGUCAGCAGUGGCAAGCCCAGCAAAUUAGUCAUCAGGAGGAAAGCAAGCUCCCUCGAUGAUUCUGGACCACCAGCUCCUAAAAAAUGGAAGAACCUCCGUUGGAAGAAGUGGACUGUUUCCAUAGUAACCCACAAGAAAUACCGGCCACCCAGUGAACAGGACAUAGAUGAGCUGAUGAAACGAUUGGGCACCUCCCUCCGACCAGACAGCAAGUACAGAGACUCGCGGGCCUGCCUUCUGUGUGGUGGGCAAGGAGACGGGGAGACCGAUGGACCAGCAAGGCUGCUAAAUGUGGACGUGGAUACCUGGGUGCACCUGAACUGCGCCCUCUGGUCCUCAGAGGUGUACGAAACGGUGAACGGCGCCCUCAUCAAUGUGGACAUGGCCAUCCGGCGGGCCAAAGGGGUGAGCUGCUGCUACUGCAGUAAGUUUGGCGCCACCGUCUGCUGCCACAAGUUCCGCUGCUCCAACGUCUACCACUUUGGCUGCGCCAUCCACGACCACUGCAUGUUCUUCAAGGACAAGACGAUGCUAUGUCCUCUUCACGCCCCGUCCAAGGCAUCUGACAGCGCCCUGCAGCGCUCUCACAUUGUCUACAGGAGAGUCUACAUCAGUAGAGAUGAGAACAAGCAAGUGGCUAGCAUCAUGCAGCAGCUGGAUCGCAAGCACACGUUCCGCGUGGGUAGUCUGGUCUUCCACUCGCUGGGCCAACUCUUGCCCCAUCAGAUGCAGGCCUUCCACUCAGAGAAUGCCAUCCACCCAGUCGGCUUUGAAACCACGAGGCUUUACUGGAGCAUGCGAUUCACCAACAAACGCUGCAGCUACACCUGUAGUAUCCAUGACAACGGAGGCAAGCCGCUGUUCAUCAUCCGUGUUGUGGAGCAAGGACACGAGGACAUCGUUCUGCAAGACUGCUCGCCAAAAGCCGUCUGGAGCAAAGUUCUGGAGCCCAUCGCCAAGCUGCGACGAGACGCCGACAUGCUGAAACUCUUCCCCAUGUUCCUGACGGGUGAGGAGCUGUAUGGCCUAACCGAACCAGCCAUCCAGCGAGUCAUUGAGUCGCUGCCUGGUGUUGAGCUGAUCCAAAGCUACAGCUUCCGGUUUGGCCGAUCACCCUACAUCGAGCUCCCCUUGGCCAUCAAUCCAACAGGUUGUGCCAGGACCGAGCCCAAGAUGAGAACACGUCUUAAGAGACCUCACACGCUGACCAGUAACACCACGUCGCGGGCCUUCCAGACCACAUUGAGUGGGGAAUUUGUGUCACCGUACAACAAGCAGUUCUUCCACUCCAAGUCAUCCCAGUACCGACGACUCAAGACGGAAUGGAAGACCAACGUGUACCUGGCGCGCUCUAACAUUCAGGGUCUGGGUCUCUUUGCCACCCGGGACAUUGAGAAGCAUACCAUGGUCAUCGAGUACAUCGGCCGACUGAUCCGCAAUGAGGUGGCCAACCGGCUGGAGAGGGUCUACCAGCGGGGCAACCACGGCAUCUACAUGUUCCGCAUUGACAACGACACAGUGGUGGAUGCCACCAUGAGCGGCAACCCGGCCCGCUACAUCAACCACUCCUGCAACCCCAACUGCGUGGCUGAGGUGGUGAGCUUCGACAAGGAGCUCAAGAUCAUCAUCAUCUCCAAUCGCCGUCUCAGCAAGGGGGAGGAGCUGACUUACGACUACAAGUUUGACAUUGAAGACGAGAAUAGGAUCCCCUGUUUGUGCGGCGCUCCCAACUGCAAGAAAUGGAUGAACUGAAAUGGAAAAGACUGAGACGGAGAGACGAAUCACAACUCACAGAGAGAGGGGACACAAGGCACAUUUGUACGAAUCUGUACUCAAAUUUCAACAAAAUCUCUUUGACAGAAAUUCAGUCCAGAUGUUUGUGAAAUGCCUGCUGGUGUCAAGGAGCUUUCUGGUAGGUUACUUUGUGAGACCACGUUACGUAAAACUCAAAAGAUCAGAAAAAUUCAUGAGAUCAAGCUCUCCAGUUUUUAUUCUUUCGAAAUUUUAACGAUUCCUAUGAAAGAUUGUAAAUCCUGCUUGAAAUGUGUAGCUACCAUGAGUCAAGUAAAGCACCCUGAUUUUUCAUCAUUGUCCGGUGUGUAAAAAAAAAGUCUGAGGAAGCUUUUGGCAUGCUGUAAUUGAGGAAGAUCCAAAAUUAUUCCUUUUUUUUGUACCCCUGAACUGUUACCAUAUGUUGGACAAUGGGUAGGGGAAAAUGACAAAAAUGAAACAGAAAAAAAACCACAUGAUGUGCGGAUGGAGGGUGAAAAGCGUUAAAACAUGUCUGCAUGAAGUUUGGACUGAAGAUUUAAAGCAUGCAAUACUCUCCUUGGUGAGAGAAUUUUCUGCAUAAUGCAGCCAUCUCGGUUUUAUGACCAUUCCCCAGUUUCAAUUUUUUUUUAGUGUAAAUACUAUAUUUUUAGGUAAAAAAUAAGAGAAAAAAAAAGAAAGAAAAUGAAGGAAGUUAAUUUUUUGACGAUUAUUGCAGCUCCAACCUCUUGAACGGGGAGCGUAUUUUUGUUAUAUUGGUAAUAAUCUCGACAUCUUUUGUGACGUUUGUUACUACAAAAGCUGCCAAUAUUUUGAGGAGAAAAUACCCUUUUUUGUCUUUGACUGGUUUUUAACCUGUAUAGCUAAAUCAAAAAACCUUUACGUGUAUUUACUUUGUCGGGGGUUUGUAGAAGUCAUGCUGUUUUCUCCAGUAGUGUUGUAUCAUAACUGAAAAAAAAAAUGUCUUUGCAGUAGCCACAACUUAACUUAGCUCACCAAAAAUAUUCCUGGUAUGUUCAUAUUACUAGAGAUGUGAUGUGGAACCUGUACAGUGACAGUAUAUGCAGAUUUACUGAUAGGGGACGACAAUAGCUGUUGCAUUUUUAAAAAUUUGGUUACAGAAUAAAAUUUAAAACAUUUUACAAUUCAGUAAUGUACCGUAUUUGCUGGGGGCACUAUAGUUGCAUUAUUUCCACUUGUGAUUUCAAAAAUAGGGACAGCGGGACAGACAUGUAUAGCGUGGAAAACUGGUUUUGUUUUCCCAUGUUUAUUUUGUAUAAAUAACGAGUCCAUAGUAUGAGGUGUAAUGAGUCAUGGUAGUGCGUCAAUUAAAAUUUCUCUACCUCCAUCCAGGUAGACUAUACCAAAAUAGUUAUUGCCAAUUCUUAAGGUGCUGUAGUAGUAGGGUUUUUGUUUUGUUUUAGCACCGAUUUCUGUCAGAGCUUGUAAAUAUCCAUUCACAACCAGCACUUGCGCUGCAAAAAUGCCCCCUCCCCAAGAUAUAAUAUUGUAUUAGUGACAUAAUUCAAUUCUGUUUUGAGUAUUUAUUGCGGCGUAGUUGACUGUUAAGAAUCAUGAGCGAGUAUGAAGAUAUUGUGGACACGAAUGUGACAGACGUGUUUUUACUAAUCAACUUUUUGCUGAAAAUUUGCAGCCCCAAGAACAUGAACUGGUUUUGCAAAUAUUUAAAGGGUAUUUGAAUGGAAGUUACAGGGACAGUAGAUCGUUCUGGCAGCAAUGUCUGUUUUUUCCUUUUGAAAUGAGUUCCCUGAACUGAAAUUUGCAGUCGAGUAAAUGAUCCUAAACUUGUACUGAGUAAGCUUUUUUGCAUUUUGAAAACUGCAUGUUUUACGUUAUUUUAAUAGAAGAAAAAUCUAACAAGCAAAUGUAUUAAAGUGACAAUCGCAACAAAUAAAACACAACCUUGUUAUUUUUAGUAACAGGUAUCAUAACUGCAACUUAUGUAAAAGACUCGAAAAAGUUACAAAAAAAUGAUAUAUUUUACUGUUAUAUUAAUAUAAAAGAAGUAUGUGGCAGUUCUUGUACAAAAUACUUUGAUGUGAUUUUGAGAAAUUUAAUUUUAGAUAUGGAUAUCUUUAGUUUUGUGUGUUGUUUCUGUUUAUGGAAGCCGCCAGAAUGGUAAUUCUUUUUGUACAGCUAAUUCUCUUGUACAUAGCGCCCAUUGAGGUUAACUAAUCACUUGACUCACUGUAACAUCCUUUUUUUUAACUCCUUAAAUGAACUAGUGGUGUUUACCUUGUAGAUUGUGCAGUUCCCAAUUUUAUACAUAGUGUACAGAGUAUGACCCUCCGUAUGAAGUGGGGUUGAGUAUUGUACCGAUUUUUGUUUUUUGUUUGAACGUUUCUUCCCUUCUAGGUUUGUGUAUGGUUGCGUGCUCAGUGGGUGUAGCGUGUCCCCUUCUCCUUUGUUUUUCUGUCUGUCCUACUUAUUCCUUCAGCUGAAUGUGGAAUGCCAAUAAAUUCAUUAACAGACACUACAGUA